GUAUUUAACCCGAAACUUUGACCGGUGGUCAAAAAUGGGAGUGAAUGGCCCGAAGCCGUUGCCCGCGUUGGGCAAUAUCCUUAUGCUGUACUUAAAGCCGUUCCCAAUCGUGGAAAUGGAGUUAUUGGACAAAUAUGGAAAAACCUACGGGGCCUUCAAUGGAAACAUACCAGUGCUUACACUGAGUGACCCAACAUUUAUUAAGCUAAUCCUAAUUAAAGAUUUUCACAAUUUCACGAAUCGCCGCAAAUUCAAUACCAAACACGAAAUACUCGAUUCCAAUGUCUUGUACUCCAGGGAUGAGAAGUGGAAGCGAAUGCGAUCCAUAUCUAGCCCUGUCUUCUCCAACAUUAAGCUCAAGAAAGUGUAUCCUUUGCUUAUGGAAUGCGUGAAUGACUUUUUGGUCGUUUUGAGAGAUUACACACAAAAGGGCGAAGAAAUUGAUUUGAAAGAAUUGAGUGGAAAUUUAUCGAUGGAUGUGAUCGCCAGGUGUGCCUUCGCCACCAAAAUUAACUCAUAUCGAGAUAAUAACAAUCCGUUUAUCACAAGCGCUAAGAAUAUCUUCCAUCCGACUGUCUUCAAGAUCGGCGCCUCAUUUCUCGCUCCGGAAUCUCUUCUCAAAUUCCUUAACAUAACCUCUAUUUUUGAUGAAAAAUCCAAUGAAUUCUUCUUUAAUAUCAGCAGAGAAUUAAUGAAUAAAAGACGGAUUAAUAAAGAAAAGCACAACGAUUUCCUCCAACUGUUGGUCGAUACGGCUGAUGGUGACAAAGAAGCCGACAAAAACCACAAACAUAGUGCUCUCAAACAAGAUAUGACCCAAAAUGCAAAGUUGUCAAAUGAAACAACAAACAAGAAUAGGAAGCGUUUAAGUUUGACAGACAAUGAGAUCAUCUCCCAGUCGUGGCUCUUCUUGUUGGCCGGGUAUGAGACGGCCUCCACUGCCAUCGCCUUUUGCUUCUAUGAAUUGGCACUCAAUCCGCACAUUCAGGAUAAGGUUUACGAUGAAAUACAGGCAGCCAUUGACCCAAACGGACAGAUGGAUUACGAUAUUCUAUCGACACUUCCAUAUCUGGAUGCAGUCAUAUCCGAAAGCCUAAGACUUUACCCGCCAUUCUGUAGAGUAGAGCGCGAAGUGAAAAGUGACUAUCAGUUGGCGGACACAGACAUCACAUUAAAGGCCGGGGAUUUGGUCCACAUAUCGAUAUAUGCUGUCCAUCAUAACGAAGAAUAUUUCCCAAACGCCCAAAAGUUCAUUCCGGAGCGCUUUCUGGCCGAGAAUCGACACACAAUACAACCCUAUUCCUACAUUCCCUUCGCCGUCGGCCCCCGAAACUGUGUUGGACUCAAACUGGCCUUAAUGGAGAUGAAGGUGACGGUGGCCAACGUGGUCAACAUGUUUAAGCUCGGGGUCACCGCUCGCACAAACAUUCCUCCUAAGUAUAUACCAAAAACUCAUUUAUGUGUUUCGGAACCUCUUAUUGUUAGCAUUAAAAGUAGA